AAAGCGAGAAAAAUGUUGUUAUGAAAGACACUUUUGAUAAAACCCACGCUAUUACAUUAAACAUUUUAAAAUAUUUGAGGUCUCUUAGCUUCGCCACGCCAAAGGGCAACCCAGGAAUCCUUUUUAGAGUGUAUUUCUAAUUGAUGGUGAUAAUAAAACUGAAAGUCUUGACGAGUAGGAAGCAUUGGAAGCAAGUGAAGUAACUGUUUGAACCUUUUAUGGGCUCUUGAGGAUUGAAGCAUCUACGUCUGUGCUCCUCGAGAAUAGCAUCUACUACAGUAAUUGCUUUUUUGCGAAAGGAGGAUGAUAGAAACCCCAGCAAUGCCGGUCGAGGUAACUGGCUCGGAUGGCGAUUCGAAAAUCGUUAUUACAGUCGAUUUUUUGACCCCGCGUAGGAGGAAAAUGCGUUCUCCAAUCAAAACCGAGGUGACGUUCAGUCCGAGAAGAGAAAAACAUGAGAUGGAACUGCCCGAAAACUGUACUGACUCAGAGGCAAGACUUAUCGAGAAUACACAAAAAAUUGAACUUUUAUCCGAAAUAAAUGAGGUGCUUCAUGAGCGGCAAAGAGUAGUGCAAAAACACAACGUUUUACUGCAGAAAGUAAACCAACUUCAAAACCAGGUACAAGAAGCCCACUUGAGGGUACAAAGCUUAUGGGAGGAGAAUAUCAACAACUUAAAAGAGAAGAACCUAACGCUAGAAAAGGAACUAAAAGGGCUGAGAGAUCAGAUUGCCCAAGCUGUAGAGCAGCAGAGCAAAGGGCAGGUUUUCAAACUCAACGACCUAGCUCAUGAGUCUUCCACUAGGCACAAGGCUGACGUUCCUUCCAGAAAGGCUAAUUAUAAAAUAAUCGCCAGUCGUCUCCAAGACGAAAUCAAAGUCCUGAGAACACGUCUCAAUAAAACGAAAUUGAAGUUACUCUCUGAAAUGAAGAGGAAAGAAGAGGUGGAGAAAGAGGUUCGAAUCCUCCGGUCGAGCAUGUCGAAAAGAAGCAACAGUGCAUCCUCUCUACACAGCCCGACGCCAGAGGAGCAAAACUCAUUGGAAACAUGACGCCCAAUCUCGAUCAACCUCAUCCUCUAUUGAAUUUCAGACAAUUUAACGGGAAACGGAAAAGCCAAAUUUACUUUCGCUCCUCCCCUCAUGUUAUGUUGUUCGUGUGACCCGACGAUUUCAACUUAUGCAUGCACACUGAAAAAUAAAAAUCUUAAAUUUGCCGCCAAGACACUUUUGUAUCUUGAUUCAAGCUGAUUUUUAUUCUAGGAACAAGGAUAAAAAAAGCUUAGGUUAAGCACAAAAGUAGCUUAAAUUAAGCAGAAACAUUCUUGGUUCAAGAAAAAAUAUUUCUUGGCGGCAAAUUUAAGCUCCUGUUUUUUAGUGCACGCUAGGAGAGAGGAGAAGCGUUGUGCCGCUCAAAUCGAUGAUAAAACUUAGAGUUGUCUCAUUCCCAAAUAGCACAAUGCAACGGAUAUACUGAAAUUAUUUUGCAAUUUAAUGCAAUAAAAUUGCAAUAUUGUCACGUAGUUUGGCCAGUAAAUGCCAAUUUUAAAAGAUCAAUGAAAUAAAUGAUCAGAUACCAACAGGGUCGGAUUUACCUACAUGCCGCCCAUGGACCGCCUGUAUUUUGCCGCCCCUUCUCAUUCGUUUUGAAACA